CCUGGCGAAAGGAAGGGAGGGGUUUGAUGAAAAUGAUACCGACAAGAACUUCUCCCUGCAGCAGGCCUUUAGUUUUUUUUGUAGCUCACCGUGCUCGAGCUCUUAAGUUUUAAUAGCCGCCUGUGCGUUUUGGUGUGGAGCCGUAUGCAUCGAAUUAAAAGCUGCAUUUUGUUGAGUUGUGACUUGUGGGAUUUUAAGAUGUGGUUUCCUGUGAAGCGAGCAAAAAUGUUCCGCAUUCUUGACAUGAGUGACUCGGUGUGGACACCCACCAAAACAGGACAAAUUCGGUAGGGAAGAGCGCGUGAAACAUUAGACAAGGACCAUAUUGGAGAGCUCGCGCAGGGGGUUACACCGGAUGCCGUUUUUUCGACAACUUUUUUUCGACAUGUUACUCCACGUUAACAACAUGCUUAGCUUGUUGAGAAGUUGAUAAUGACAAAUAACAGUUGCAGAGACAGUUCGUCACUUCCUCCUGAACGGCUCUUACUGUCACGACCUCCCCCUUUAGAAAAGAAACGGCGUCAAGACAGCUGAACUAGAAUAAAACCGGAAGUAGUAACUUCUCUCUUUUAUAAUUAACUACCCUGCCUAGCUUGUUGCGCCUUCUGUGUGGUUGUCAUACAGCCUGGACUUUACUCACAAGCAGCGAAAAGUCAAAUUUGUCCUCCAUAUUUCCUUCUCGAACGUCUCAACGCGACCGUUAAUAAAACUUUAUUUUGAAAGUUUGAAAAGUGAGCGGAUGUUUGGCUUAAAUCCGGGUACUUUGAUGAUGCUGUGUUGUUAAUGGUUAUGUAUGCGCGAAUGAGACGUAGAAAGACUCCAGAUAUUUAGUUAACUGCAGGUUUACCACACUCGGAUGUGCUGCAGCAAUGUUACUUUUUCUGUGUAACUGAAAUGACAGCAACUAUUGCCAGGAGCCGAGAGCUGAAGCCGACUGCAUUACCAAUAUCAAGGAGUUUUUAAAAGGAUGCUCGUCCUUGAAAGUGGAGGGGUUUGAACCAGAGUGGCUAUACACUGGCGAGAAUUUUGGCAAGGUGCUGACCACUUUGAUGGCGGUCAACUUUGCCACACAAGAAUGUGCUGCUGAGAGGUCAUGUUCGCAGUCCGGCGCUCACUCUCCUAAUCAGUUGACAUCUUCACACACACUCUCCAAAUCCAAAGGCUCUCUGCGUAGACAAUCCAAAUCGGUGGAGAUGCCUGAGAACGGUGGAGGCGGGCAGCUGAUGGUGAAGGCUCGCUUCAACUUCAAGCACAACAAUGAGGACGAGCUGUCAUUCAACAAAGGCGACCUGAUCCAUGUGAUGCGGCAGGAGGACGGCGGAUGGUGGGAGGGCUCACUCAACGGCAAGACGGGCUGGUUCCCCAGCAACUACGUCCGGGAGAUCAAACCCUGCGAGAAGCCAUUGUCUCCUAAAGGCACUCAGCUGACCAAGAACUACUACAGUGUGGUGGUACAGGACAUCUUGGAACACGAGCGGGAGUUUGUCAAAGAAUUACAAACGGUGCUCAGUUGUUACCUACGACCCCUGCAAGCCAGCGACAAGCUGAGCAGUGCAGACAGCGCCACCCUCUGUGGAAACCUGGAGGAGAUACUCGCCUUCCAGCAGGGACUGUGUGUGUCUCUGGAGGACUGUACCAAAGUCCCAGAGGGCCAGCAGCGAGUGGCGGGCUGCUAUUUAAACCUGAUGUGUCAGAUCAAGAAUCUGUACCUGGCUUACUGUUCCAGCCAUCCCUCAGCUGUUUGCAUCCUCACUGACCACAGUGAGGAACUAGACAAGUUCAUGGAGAGCCAAGGAGCCAGUUCUCCAGGGAUCCUGACCCUGACCACCAGUCUCAGUAAGCCCUUCAUGAGGCUCGACAAAUACCCCACGCUGUUGCAGGAGCUGGAGAGACAUGUGGAGGAAGCCCACCCAGACUAUGCUGACAUUGUAAAGGCAACGGUAGCAUUCAGGAGCCUAGUGACGCAGUGCCAGGAGCUGCGGAAGCGCAGGAACCUGGAGCUCCAGAUCUUGUCAGAACCAGUGCGUGGCUGGGAGGGAGACAGCAUGAAGAGCCUGGGUUACGUGGCCUACAUGUCCCAGGUCCACGUAAAAAAUGGGUCCAGUGAGGAAAAAGAGGAGCGCUACCUAAUGCUUUUCCCUAACGUGUUAGUCAUGCUCUCUGCCAGUCCUCGAAUGAGUGGCUUUAUUUAUCAGGGAAGACUGCCACUGACAGGCACCACAGUAACAAGACAAGCAGAGGAUGCAGACAAUGGCUACUAUGCCUUGGACAUUACAGGAGGCAUGAUCGAUCGUUUUACAGUGUUCUGCAGUAGUGCCCAGGAGUUACAAGAAUGGCUGGAGCACCUUCAGCCCUUUACCAAAGGAGGAAGCCCUGCAGGAACCAUCUCAAAGACUGUAGAGGGCAAGCCACUGAGCAUGGUCGGCACCCCCACUCACCUGUCCCACCUGGGCAGCCUCAGCGCCGUCAGUCGAGGCCCCCUGGAACCGCCAAAGAUCAGCAAGCCCUGGUCUCUCAGCUGUCUGCGCCCCGCGCCUCCCCUCAAACCCUCUGCUGCACUGGGAUACAAAGAGAGGAUGUCUUAUAUCAUGAAGGACUCCAGCAAGAGCCCGCGGCCCAUGAAGAAGUUCCUGCCAGGCAAUAGGAAGAAAGAGCGGAAGCCCUCUGAUGACGAAGUUCAAACGAGGAAAAGCACGGUGGCGCUGGAGGAGGACGCUCAGAUACUGAGGGUGAUUGAAGCGUACUGCACAGGGGCCAGCCUGCAUCAGGCCACCACAGGUGUGCGUUUAUCGGUGCGGAAAGAGUGCGUCCCUCAGGUGCUUCUGCCAGAGGAAGAGAAGAUCAUUGUGGAGGAGAUGAAGAGCAACGGGCAGACAGUUAUUGAGGAAAAGAGCCUGGUUGAUGCUGUGUAUGCUCUAAAAGAUGAGGUUCAUGACCUGAAAAAGGAGUAUAAGUGGAUGAAGCAGUUUCUGGAGGAGGAGCAGAAGUCUCGCAAAGAGCUGGAGAGAGUGGUUCGAAAACUGGCCAAGCAGAAGAAUGAUUGUGCUUGGGAGGACUGCGGCCACUGAACACAUCCACACAAUCAUCCUCACCCUCGUGUGGCUCCGUAUGCGUGUGUGUGGGUACAUUUAUGUAAGCGUGCUUGUGGAGGGUCAGCUGUGUGUGUGUGUGUGUGUGUGUGUGUGUGUGUGUGUGUGU